AUGCAUAAGGAUGUCAUACCACCAAAUGAAUCAGAAAAAACUGUUUCUCCUGACAAUGUACCAGGGGCGAAGUCAGCAGUAGGAGGUGAAUCUUCCGGUCAUUUGGAUCAAAUUGUUGACCAGAAGUUCAAGCAUUUGGAGAAUAAAAUUGAUUCAAAUCAUAUUGAUCUUUUGAAAGCCGUCGACAGUAUAGCGAGCCGAAUGAUUAGCACAUCAUCUCAACUUAAAACAGAUGAUUUUGAUCAAACAUUCCAUGUGGUUGAACAACAACAAGCACCUACUGGAUUGGAGGUGCACAAUUUUGGAAAUAAAUCUGACCCACCCCAAGCAAAUGACCAAUCUAAUGUCCAGGAAGAUAUUAAGGUAGACAAUAUAUCAGAACAAAACAUUUCAUCAGAUGUUCCAAAAUCAUUUGAUCAGCAUGUUUCUUCUGAUACAUUAAAGGAAGAUGAACCAUCCAUCAAGAUACAAGAGGUGGAUGAUGUAUCAGAACAAAAUAUUGUAGCAGAUGAUAUAGAAUUGUUUGAUCAGCAUAUGUCAUCAGAUACAUUAAAAGAACCAGAAAUAUCAAUUUUUACACCACAAUUGAAGGAUGUAUCAGCACACCAAAUGAAACCACAAAGAGCAGAUACUGAUCAACGAAUUGCUGAUUCUGAUACAUUACAGAACACUGCAAAGAAAGAUGUAAGAGUAGCCAUUGAUAAAACUGACAAAGUAGAAGAGCAAGUUGAGGAGAUUGAAAAAGAAAAAAUCAAACCAAACACAUCGGAAUCCAAUACUUCAACACCGUUUUUGACUGAAACUCUGGAUGUGAUAGAUUCUCUAAUAUACGGACUUCCAUUACCAGCCAUGCCAUUGACUGUUGUUACUCAUGAGCAAGUAGUUCAGGAUGAAUGUCUAUUACGCGAUAGCCAGCUACCAACCACUCUUCCAUCAAAACCCAAUGUAUUGUCUGACGAUGCGAAGACACCAUUUCGAAGAAGCAGAAUUCCUUCGAAGAUCUUACAAUUGCCAUAUCUUUCAAACUUUGGGUCAAGUAAAAAGGAUUUUGUAGUGGCAUUUUCUAAAGAUAAGAACUGGUUCUACCUAAUAUCACAGCCGAACAGGUGUUGGAAUGAUAAGCACAUCAAUGUAAUAUUUUACUACCUUCGGAAGAAAUCGAAAAUACAGUUGAGCAAUCAGUAUCGAUACACAACGACAAACUGCAUUUUCAAAAUUUUUAUCGAAUAUGCACACACAUGCUACUAUCACAUUCCACCUGAUAUUUCUACCCAAGAAGAUAUGGCAAGGGCCAUUGUUACAGCUCAUCAUGAGAGAUCUGUGAAGAACAUAAUAAGAGAUUUCUCAAUACUAGCCAGAUUGCCCUGGCAUGUGAUAGAUGAGGUAUACAUUGCAGUAAACUGCGAUAGGGAUUUUCAUUGGGUUCUUGCGGUAGUUGUAUUAAAAAAGAGGUUUAUACGUGUGUAUGAUUCAUUGCCUAGACGAAGAAGUAGCAACUCUUCCCAAGAGAUCCAAAAGAUAGCAGCAAUGUUACUAACAUACCUGCAAGACAGUGGUUUCUUUGACAACAACGAACGUACUGAUUGGUCGUCGCUUGAUUCAUACAAGGACAAAUCAACUGGUAACAUGCUUGAACCACAUCACCCAUUUGCAUUUGAAUACGUUGAAGGAAUUGCGCAACAGGGAAGUGACAGCUUGGAUUGUGGAGUUUUCCUGACCAUUUUUGCUGAAUAUUUUAGUGAUGGAAUUUUUAUUCCAAAUACUAGACUAAACACCGAAUUCUUCCAUUCAAGCUAUGUCGCACUCUUGUGGAGAUAUGGUUGUCAGAAGGCCAUGGAUGGUUAUGUUAGCGAUAACGACGAUCCAAAAAAACCUAGGAGCGAUAUCUCUCCAAGCCAAGGAGAACUGAUUGAUGUCCAAUAA